AUGCAGACAUCAGGCCUGACGCUAGAGCCACCAGGUGUCGCUUCUCCAGCUACGCUGGCUGUUGCCGCGGUGACAUUUCUCGCUGCUCUCGUGCUCUAUGAACUGUUCGCGUACCGCAAGCGGCGAUCCAUGCCGCCAGGCCCAUUCCGCUGGCCUCUCAUAGGAAACACCCUUCAGGUCCCGCAAGUCCAUCCGUGGCUCACAUAUUCACGCUGGGCACAGGUAUACGGCAACAUACUUCACCUUGACGCCCUCGGACAGCACAUCAUCGUGAUCAACAGCGCCAAGGUCGCGCACGAACUGCUCGACAAGCGAUCUGCGAUCUAUUCUGGGAGACCUCAUCUCGUGAUGGCGGGAGACCUCGUAGGAUUUGAUAGUUCGCUGGUAAUGCAGCCCUACGGGGAUAAACUCCGACAACAGCGACGAUUCAUAUCGCAGGACCUCAGUAUUGCCACCCUGCCGCGAUACUGUGACAUCCAGGAAGCAGCCGCGCGCCGACUCGUCCUUGGAGUCAUCAAUGACCCCGGGUCGCUGGAAAGUCAGGUCAAGAUGAGCAUUGCGAGCAUCAUUAUGCUCGUGACGUAUGGCUACACGGUCAAGAAUGCGGAAGACCACUUUAUCGCACAGGCGUUUGAGAUGAUGGAUAAUUUCGUCCUGGCAAUCGUGCCGGGAACAUGGCUGGUGGACAUCAUUCCUCCACGCAAGUGUUGUUUUGACUGCUCUGAGGUAUCUAUUCUUAUGGGUCCUACCGCAGUCAAAUACCUCCCAUCGUGGACGCCGGGUGCGACGUUUCUCAAGACGGCAAAGGCAUGGCGCAAGCAUCUCUUGACGACCAACUGGAUGAUGUACCGGUGGAGCAAGGAGAAUUCAGAAAAUGGCACGGCGCACGUUCCCAAUUUGUGCGCGUCGGUCCUUACGGAGAUGGAAGGCAAGGUGACUCCUCAGUUAGAGGAGUCCCUUAUGUGGGCCGCAGCCACCGUGAUGGGAGCCGGUUUGGAUACAAACGUCUCGACCAUCCUUUCAUUCAUUCUCGCAAUGCUCCGCUUCCCCCACGUGCAGAAGAAGGCACAGGCCGAGAUUCACGCGGUGGUGGGGAGCGAGCGGCUCCCAGAGAUAUCCGACAGGCCAUCGCUACCAUAUAUUCGAAGCGUCGUCACUGAAGUAUACCGGUGGCUUCCGGCUAUUCCUCUAUGUAUUCCACAUGCGCUCACUGAGGACGAUGUCUACAAUGGUGUCUUUCUCCCCAAAGGCUCGGUGGUCAUGCCGAAUGUGUGGCAUAUGCUGCAUGACCCGGCCAUCUACCCCGACCCGGACGCAUUCAAACCCGAGCGAUAUGGCGGGCUAGACAGCGAGAUGAAGAAGGUGACCGACCUGGCGUUUGGAUUCGGGCGGCGUGCAUGUCCUGGGUACCAUUUCGCCGAAGGAACCAUCUUCUCCGUUGUUGCGACCGUGUUAGCCACGUGCGACGUAGUACCUGUUGUCAACGAACAUGGGCAAGAGAUUAUUCCUGAUAUUCGAUAUACUACGGGAGCAAUCAUUUUCCCUGUAGAUGUCAAAUGCACAUUCCGUCCGCGGACAGAGCAGGCUAAAGCGGCGCUCGUCGACAGCGCGGCCACACUGCUUUGA